AACCCUCUCUUCCAGCAUUCCAAUCCUCCUAUCCCUCAGGCUACUAUAUAAACCCUCAUACCUACUCCAUCGCACCCCUUAGGCAUUUCCCAGUUCCCCACCCUCACCGCUCCAUUGUCUCUCUUUCACGCACAACACAUACUUGCUUUCGAAGUUAAUCAGCAUUGGCAUAGAGCUCGAAUUUUUUCUCUCUCCAGAGCACUAUUAAAAUGGCCAGUAACGAGCCCGAGCACAGCAGAGAGGAGGAAGAGACCGCUGCCGCUGAGGACGAAGAUACCGGAGCUCAGGUUGCCCCUAUCGUCAAGCUUGAAGAGGUUUCCGUCACCACUGGCGAAGAAGAUGAGGACGCCAUCCUCGAUCUGAAAUCAAAGCUUUACCGAUUUGAUAAAGACGGAAAUCAAUGGAAGGAGAGAGGCGCUGGCUCUGUGAAGCUCUUGAAGCACAAAGAGACUGGAAAAGUUCGUCUCGUUAUGCGUCAAUCUAAGACUCUUAAGAUCUGCGCUAAUCAUCUAGUUGGGCCGACCAUGACAGUUCAGGAACAUAUUGGAAAUGAUAAGUCUUGCGUGUGGCAUGCUGCGGAUUUUGCAGAUGGUGAACUUAAGGAUGAGAUGUUCUGCAUUAGAUUUGCAUCUGUUGAGAAUUGCAGAACCUUUAUGGAAAGGGUUCAAGAAGUUGCUGAAUCCCAAAGGAGUAAAGAGGAAGACAAAGAUGCUUCUGCUGCUGCCGGAGUGCUUGAGAAGUUGAGUGUUGAAGACAAGGCAGGCAAAGAGAAAGCUGAAGAAAAACCCAAAGAGGAGACCAAAGAAGAGGCUCCUGCUGCAGGCAAGGAGAAGGUUUCGGAAAGUGAAGACAAGGAGACCGCUUCAACUUGAGAGAAUAUUGAUGAUGCCUUCAGUUCCCAUUUCUGAUUUGGUGAAGUUAAAACUCUCACUUCAGUCACCACCCAUUCCAUAGAAUGUCUAGUCUGGUGAGGUCAGUGGAGUGUCAGAUAUGGGUGGCAAAUGGUGUGGGUCUUCUUGGUCAGGUGUAGACAAUGGUUGGUUUAAAUUCGAGUCCUCUUUAUGUGGGGAUUCAACAUUGUUUCGAUUUUGGUCUUGUGUGCGAAUAUAACUAGAGGUUUUGGCCAGUGGUAUUUAUUUGCCUGGAGUAAGUUGUUCUGUUGAUUUAUAUGCUUGAUGUUACAAAUUACAAACGGCUUCCGCUGCCGAAAGAGUUGGGGGAAAAAAAUUUUCCAUCUUGAAUGCCUUA